AUGUUCUGCAGAAAGCUCUGGUGCUCUUAUCUUAUCAACCACAAACAGGUGACGUUGCGUACGGUCAUUCGGGACUUCUCAUUGGUGGGGAACUAUGGGGCGACCCCCACUCUGCUUCAGUGCGACGGGGAGGAAGCGAAGGACGGAUCUGUGUGGUUGCCGAACAGCCUCUGCCGCAAGUAUCCCACUGCUUCGCGCCUCUGCUCAAUUUAUCGUGAAAGUCUUGCUUCGCGCAUUCAUUCCCUCCGAUUUUUUCGGGAAUUAUCGAGUCUCUCGAACCCUCUUCUCAGUCCGCGAACUACCGCACUCGUGGGCAUGAAGACCGCAAGACCUGCUCCGGCUGCAUCUGCGGCGGCAGACACACCAUCGGGUCGCCGCCAGCCAGUCCGACAAACGCGUACGCAUGGCUCCAGGAACACAGGCGGUGCUGGCCGGGCGGCUGGUCAGAGAGACAGCGGCGCCAGUACCGGUUUGGGUCGCGAACAGCCCGCCGAAAUAUUCCCCGGAAUUACGCAUUUUGCUGACACCAUCACGGCCCUGCCCAAGGAGCUUGUUCGGCACUUUACCCUGCUCAAGGAAGUCGAUGCUAAAAUCCACGCGCCUCAGCAAGCUCUUUUUGCCGCCGCCGAGAGAACCUUGAACGCACCUCCAUAUGACAGAUUGCAGCCGCACGUUGGGCAUGCUGGUGAUUUCGUCUCUGACUCGACUGCACCUAAUGGCGUCGCACCCAGUACACACCAAGCAGUCGCGACCCCGUCCGGCCACGGCCUAGCGAACUCGGCACAAUCCGAAGCGGAUAGUUUCGAACGGCGAAAAUUAUGGCGCGAAACUGGCCUUAAGAUACAAGAGAUGCUACUAUCGCUGGAUGAGAAGAACCACGUCAUUUCUACUGCGGUCGACGCCUUGAACAAACAACUCAGCAGGAUUGAUAGUGUUUGGCCGCAUCUCAUGGAAGAGUUCAGUGACGAGGCAAAGUGGGGAAGCAAUACACAUUGGGCAUAUCCCGAGAACAAAGCAGACAAGGCUGGCCGUGCUCUGAAUGCCCAAGCUGAAAGAUCCCGUCGCGAGGGUGCUGCUAGCCUUUCGGCCGCGGCCCAACAAAUUGCAGAGGAGGCCGCUGCCAGAAGCGAUGCUCGGAAACAGGCCGUGGCAGCCAAGAAAGAGAAGAGCAACAGAGCUCAGGCAGCCCAUGAUUCAGACGCAGAAGAUCAGGAUCCCAAAUCAAGAUCAGAGUCGACUAGGAAGCCCGCCACAAGCAGCAAAAGCAGAAAGCCGGCGGCAGCGGCGGCGGCGGCGGCUGCUGCUGCUGCUGUGGCGGAGUCUCCAACGCCAGUUGGCUUGGGCAUUGCGAACGCUUCGCCUGCAGUUAAUAACUCAACCUCCAAGCGGCGCAAGGUUGAGAAGCCGAAUAACACCAAUGGCGGGGCGCCCAUGGAGCGCGCAAUGAGUAGCGUAUAUGGAAAUAGCACCACCAAGCCGAAGACAACUAGUCCUCGUGAGACACCUGCACCAGAAGGACCUACCAAGAAGCGCAAGGCGCUGCCAACAGCAGGCAAUCAUUCCAAGAAAAGGCCCCCUUCGUCGGCCUCGAACAAGCCCAAUGGGAUAACGGCCACGCCUAUCGAACCUCCAGUACACACCAACGGGGUCAGAGUAUCGACUGAACCAAAGCCAGUCCGUGAGACCCCAGUAGUUGCACCCAUCCCUAAAGUCGAAAGUCAGAAACCGGAUGUUGUUGAGUCGACAACCGCAAUUCCACCACCGAUAAUACCACCGCUGCAGCCAAAGAAGGAACCCGUAAUUAAACCCAACGAUACCUCGCGUCAGGGCUCGAAGGAGACGACACCAUCGGCACACGGAGCGAAUACAACACCAUCUGCCCCAAUGGUGACUACGAAGAGUGGACGUGCAAGUAAACCAUCGACGCCUGCUUUAGGUAACUUUCCGGACAACGUGCGUGCUCGGCCGUCACGGACUUCGGGGGCGGCGAAUGCGACAACCAAGCGGAGUCACAAGAAAGGCGCAGCAGCUGCGGCAAAGGCAAAUGCGGCAGCUCAAGCCCCCACAAAAGUGGGCGGUGACAUGGCAGCGGGCUCCAAGGAAGACGACGACGAUGACGAUGAGGUUGAAAUCACGUACUGCUAUUGCGAUCAACCCAGCUACGGCGAAAUGAUAGCGUGUGACAAUCGAGACUGCGCGUAUGAGUGGUUUCAUCUUCCUUGCGUGGGUCUCAAGGCCGCGCCCAAGGGUAGUGUGAAAUGGUAUUGCAAAUACUGCAAGAGGAAUAUGGGAAUCCCAGACGACGAGCAUAUUGGUGUCUAG